CUCGGUGACAAGAACUCCUGGUUUUCCUAUUUUCAGUAUUAAUAUUUGUCUCGAGCAAAUAACUAAUUAAAGCUAUAUUAAUAAAAGAGGAAGAACUGUUUUGAUUCAUCUCCUGACGAUAGCUUUACUCAAUUCAAUCAAUCUUGUUAAUAUCUUAUUAAUAUUAAUCAUGGAGUCGGAACAAACGCAAGUGUCUGAAAAAAUGGGGAAAGCUUCUGGUGAUUACAUAAAAACUAUUGAAGGUGAUAUGCAACCGUCGCAGGGCGUACAGAUUAAAAUAUACAAGAAAAGAUGGCUGAUGCUUGUCCUCUUCGUGCUGUACAGCGCGAGCAACGGCAUGCAAUGGAUCCAAUACAGUAUUAUAGCAAACAUUGUAAUGCGCUAUUACAAUGUUUCAAGCUUCCUGAUAGACAUGACAAGCAUGAUAUAUAUGAUAACAUACAUUCCAUUGAUAUUUCCCGCCAGUUAUCUGCUCAAUAAGUUCGGUCUUAGAUAUGCUAUGAUCUUCGGGGCGCUCGGAACCGCUCUCGGUUCCUGGAUUAAGGUGUUCAGCAUAGCUACCGAUCGCUUCUGGAUCACAUUCCUUGGCCAAAGUUUGGUUGCAGUUAGUCAAAUCUUCGUUCUGUCAGUUCCAGCCCGGCUGGCUGCGCUUUGGUUCGGUCCUGAUCAAGUUAGCAGCGCCUGCAGCAUCGGUGUUUUCGCCAACCUGUUAGGUGUAGCUAUUGGUUUUGUAUUUCCACCGAUGUUAGUGCCCAAUAGCGACAAUAUCUGCAACGUUGAAAGGGGGUUGCAACUUAUGUUCUAUAUCGUCGCGGCUUUCACGACGCUUAUAUUAGUUUUCAUAUUAUUCUUCUUCAAGGCAGCGCCGCCUUUACCACCUAGCCCUGCUCAAGCUGUGCAAAGAGAGAACACUGUGAACGAGAAAUUUUCUCAUUCUAUUAAGAGGCUGCUUACCAAUACCGGUUAUGUGUUACUUUUAUUCAGCUUCGGCAUCAAUAGCGGCGUCCUUAGCGCCAUAAGUACUUUCUUGAAUCAAAUUAUUCUCAAACAUUUCCAGGGACAUGAAGAGGAUGCCGGUCGUAUCGGUUUAACAAUAGUUUGCAUUGGAGUGCUGAGCUCCGUUAUAUGCGGCGUUAUAUUGGAUAAAACACACAAAUUCAAAGAGACUACGUUAGUGAUCUACCUAUGUUGUCUUCUUGGAAUGAUAGUCUUUACUUUGACACUGGACAGUAAAAAGAUAUAUGUUGUUUACAUUACAGCCGGUAUCUUGGGCUUCUUCAUUACCGGUUAUCUGCCGGUCGGUUUUGAAUUCGCUGUUGAACUUACGUAUCCAGAACCGGAAGACACUUCGACGGGUUUGUUGAACGCGAUGGUGCAAGUCUUCAGCAUUGCCUUCACGAUGCUCUACGGUUUUCUGUUCAACAAUUUGGACGACUUAAUGGCAAACGUCGCGAUGUGCAUUGUCCUCGGGAUCGGCACCUUGCUUACGAUCAUGAUACCCAACAAUCUAAGACGCCAAAACGUGAAAGUUUGACUGUCUAAAAACGAUAGUGAGCCGUUAACGAUCAGCGAUGAGCUUCCACAGCUCAGUACAAAUGAUUUCCGCCUUGACAAUUCUCCCCACGACACUUCGUCAUAGUCCAAAUAGGACUUAAUAUAUUCCUCACACGAGUACACAUUUAAUGCGUUAAGAAUAGUGAUCUUUCUCUGAGUCACGCGUACGUAUCAAGAGAAGAUAUAUCUUUCCCAAAAUUAGGAGUUCUUAAAAAAAACUAGUCAUCAAAACUCUAAAAACUUACCUUUAAAAAAAAG